AUGCAGGCCAAAGUGCCGUCUGGAGGCGAACUCCUUGGCCGCAGCAAGCACACUCCCAUUCUCUGUCCUGCCCUUAUUUCGACUUACACCAACAUACCAAGAACCAUGAAGUCCUCCCUCCUCCUCCCCUUCGUGACCCUGGCCUCGGCCAUCUGCCACCACCGCACAUCGCUCUACCGCCGAAGCCACGGCGGCAUUGCGGCCCGCAGCGAGGACGGCCUGGUCGAGGUCGCAAAGUUCGGCUACGACGACCUCACGGGUCCCCUCAACUGGCACGGCCACAACAACCAGUCGUCCAAGUGCGCCACGGGCGCCUGGCAAAGCCCCAUCAACCUGAACGAUACCUCGGCGACGCUCGUCGCCGGCACGAGCUUGAUAUUUGACGUGCCUAACCUGCCUCACGGCGCCGUCUUUGAGAAUCUGGGUAGCACGCUUGAGGUCGUGGCUGAGAACGGCACGCUGACGAGGCGCGGACGCAAGUUUCAUCUGAGGCAGUUCCAUUUCCAUACGCCUAGUGAGCAUAGGGUCGAUAGCGAGUACUUCCCCAUGGAGGUCCAUUUUGUGUUCGAGGCCGAUGAGCAGCAGCUGAAGAACUCCACCGGCCCCAGCAACUCCGUCGUGGGGUUCCUCAUCGAAGUCGAUAACAGCGCGCCCUCGCCCUUCCUGGCCAACGUCUUUGCCCACCUCGACGAGGUUAAGGAGCCGGGCUCGCACGCCGAGACCGAAGAGCUGGACUUUGGCGAGCUAAAACGCCUCUUGGAAGGAUCAGACGUCUACCAGUACGACGGCUCCCUCACGACGCCGCCGUGCACCGAGGGUAUCGCGUGGAACGUCGUGGCGGAGCCGUUGAGGGUCGACGACGUGACGUACCGCGCUGCUAAGAAGGUGAUGAAGUUCAACUCGCGGUAUACGCAGAACGUGCCCGGGCAGAAGAACUUGUUGGAGAACUCGAGAGUUAUGCUUAAUGCCAUGUCACCGUGA